GGGUCCGCUUGUCUUGUGUCCUGUAUCGUCAUCGGUCAUGGGCGUCGGGUCGCGCGUUGCCGUUUCUUCCACCGACCCUGCUCUCCCAUGUCCAUGUCCAUGGUCCAUGUUCCGUUAUAGUUGCUUCACCAUAUACACCUAAUAGCUCAUCGUCGUACAUAAAUUCUCAUCGAAUAGCCGAUUUAGGACCUUCAUUGUCGUUUCCUUUCCUCGUUUGUCCUCCGAACAACGUCCGCUUACGUUGGCUUUCCUAUCAUUUCUGCAUACCCUGGGGCAUUCACUGCCUCUUCUGACGCCGAACUGCCAUCUGUGACAGGCGUUGAUCGCCGAAUUGUCUGGGCUGACAGCAUCACCGUUUAUAACUCAAGUUCCUUCCACACACACCCGACAUUGAACAGAAUGCGCACAACCUCCUCCACAUAAUGGCCGAAUCUACCUCCAUAAACACCAAGCAGCAGAAUGGAAAUGGCGAAUAUCACCAGCCUCGGCCUCGAAAGCCUAACCACAUCCAACUACUGAAGCCGCACCUCAGCGAAGAGCUCCUAAACCCUACCAUCAAGGAGAUAUCCUCGGAUGUAUCGAGCGGUCGCAGCACCCCUAUACCGGCCGAUGCGCCGCCAUCAGUUCAAGCUUCAUCCUCCGCACGCCGCCAAAUCCGCGCGCAACAGAAACAGCGCAUAUUCCCCACUAUCGAAUAUGUAGACCGAGUUUCACAUUUCGACCCUUCAAGCGAUUAUCAAGACUUCAGUGGAUUCUUCGUUCUGUUCUGGAUUGGACUAGCGAUCAUGGUCAUCACCAGCAUGCUACGAAAUUACAAGGAAACAGGAUACCCGUUGUUCAUCAGGCAAUGGGCUUUAUUCACCGACAAGGUGUGGGAGUUGGGAAUCGCUGACGGCGCUAUGGUCGGUAGCACUGCGAUCUCGCUUCCACUCCACAAACUGUUCAUGAACAGCAAGGAUGCACUUCGCUGGUCCAAGGGCGGCAUGGCAAUCCAGAGCAUCUAUCAAGCUCUGUGGCUUCUUUUCUGGACCUCCUACCCGUUUGUUCGCGAUUGGAGCUGGACCGCACAGGUUUUCUUUACGCUACAUCUUCUAGCAAUCUUCAUGAAGAUGCACUCAUAUGCUUUCUACAACGGUCAUCUUAGUGAAACACGACGCCGUCUUAACGAUUUAGAUACGCCGGAUAAAGCUUCCAAAGCAGCUGCAUACCGAUACCCAAGUUCAAGCACUCAUCUCCAUGAAAUUCCACAGUCGCCAUCAACUGAGGAACAUGACGAUGCGAACCAAGAGGAGAUUCGACAACUUCGAGAGGAUUUGGCUUUUGAACUGGCUUCCCCACUAGGUCGCGUUUCUUAUCCCCAAAAUCUUACUUGGGCAAACUACGUUGACUUCAUCUUCUGCCCAACACUCUGUUAUGAGAUCGAGUACCCAAGAACGGCACGAAUCCGCCCUAUGGAGGUCUUCUACAAGAUGCUUGCCGUCUUCGGAUGCAUCUUCCUGAUGAUUGUCACGGCAGAAGAAUUCAUUCUGCCUGUACUAGAUGAAUCGGCUGUCAGGCUCCAGGAAUCCAAGAAUGCCUCAGACUUCGGAUUGAUCCUGGGCGAGACCAUUGGCCGUUUACUUUUCCCAUUCAUGGUCACCUUCUUGCUCGUGUUCCUGGUCAUCUUCGAAUAUGUUCUUGGUGCAUUCGCUGAGAUCACCCGCUUCGCGGAUCGGCAAUUCUAUGCAGACUGGUGGAACAGUUGCGAUUGGCUUGAGUUCUCUCGAGAAUGGAACAAGCCCGUACAUCAUUUCUUCCGGAGACAUGUCUAUUCCGCUUCCCGAGGGCAUAUGUCACGACCGCUUGCAACGACCAUCACAUUUUUCAUCAGUGCUCUAGCUCAUGAACUUGUUAUGGGUUGCAUUACCAGGAAGUUCCGUGGUUAUGGAUUCUUUGCCAUGAUGCUUCAAAUGCCUAUCGUGAUGGUGCAGCGGUCGCGAUUCGUCAAAGGCCGCACCCUCUUGAACAACGUUCUGUUCUGGUGCUCCAUGAUUCUUGGUCUCUCUAUGAUGUGCGCGUUGUACGUGCUUGUAUAGUUGUAAAUGCGGAUUUCCUUGCAUAUAUACAUAUCAGAUUUGGUGGAACGGUCAGGGUGCUUAUGGUGCGCGCGUUGAUACCCCUCUCAUUUGCAUUCAAAUUAUUUGUAUUCGAAUCCUCAGUGCAGGUCGCAAUCACAUGCCACAUUGUUCUUGAAUAAAACAAUUGUCCAAUUGCCAAUUGGAACUCGAAUUGUCAAAUGCUUGUACGAAACCAUUCAAACAUCUUUCGUACGAAGCUCGUGCGAAAAGACCCUUGAGUUCUCUAUUCGACCAGGAGAUUCCCCGUAACAAAGCCGACUGAUUAGUCGCAAAAUCGGACGUGGUUUUUGCCCGAAGCACGAUCCACAAUGAAAUGGUCGUAC